CGACAGCGAGGCGGGGACGGGGCCAAUCAGCUGAGAGGACGGGCGGGGGGGGCCGGAUCCGCGCCGAGUUUCAAAUCGCCAGGGUGGGCGAGGCGCAUCUGAGCCCGGCAUCUCGCAGGGGUGGGAGCUUUGGGGGGCUGUGAACAGAACGGACAGAUGGCCUCUCGGUGGCCCGGCCUGAGCUCCUCCAUGCGCCGAUCGCUCCAGGACCACCAGCCGCUGGAGGAGAGCGACGGGCCGCAGCCUGCCGCCAGCCAUCCGGAGGCCCCCAGCGGAGGCCUGGGCUCCCUCUGCAGACAGUUCCAAAGGAGGCUGCCCCUGAGAGCCGUCAGCCUCAACCUAGGGGCGGGCCCCUCCUGGAAACGCCUGGAAACCCCAGAGCCAGAGCAGCAGCAUCUCCAGGCUGCAGCCCGCUCAGCGAAGAGCGCCUUGGGUGCCGUGUCCCAGAGAAUCCAGGAGUCCUGCCAGAGUGGCACCAAGUGGCUGGUGGAGACCCAGGUGAAAGCCAGGAGGAGGAAGAGAGAGACCCCGAAGGGCGGUAGCCCCCCAGCUCGCAGCCUGAGCCAGAGGAGCGCCCGGCUUUCCGGAGCCGGCCCCGCCCGCUCCAGUCUGGGCUGCCGCUCCUCCUCCCAGAUGGGCCCCCGGGCCCACCCUCUGCGGAGGUCCAGGAGGGAGGCCGCCUUCCGGAGCCCCUACUCCUCUACAGAGCCCCUCUGCUCCCCCAGUGAAUCCGACAGUGACCUGGAGCCUGUGGGGGCAGGAAUCCAGCACCUCCGGAAGCUGUCCCAGGAGCUGGACGAGGUCAUCGCGGCUGAAGAGAGCACCGACAUGAUGGUUUCUCUCCUUCGAGACUGACAGAGUGCCCUCCAGGUAAUGCCCUCCUCCUGAGCAUCUUUCCUCCCAAGCAUCCUUCCCAGCGUGCUGUGCUCUCCUUCCUCCUCUCCUCCUCCUCCUCCAUGAGCGAAUGUGUAGAUUUGGAGGCGCAUUGAAGGACUGAGUCUCCUGGAGAAACCCACAGAGCUGACGCCCAGCAGAGUGGGAAGUGGGCCGUCUUCCUUCCAGCUGGGACUUGAGCUGCUCACCUCUCUGACUCACCACCGUUCAGCCUCAUUCUGGGGGUAGACUCUGGUGUCCUCACCCUCCCAUCCCCCCUGAAGCGCAAUGAGGGGCAAGAAGAGAGCUCUUUCUUGCAAGAAGUGAGUCAUACCUGACCCCCACACCACUCCGCGUGGGAUCCAUGCCUCCGCACCUUUGAGUUCCUGGAGGAAGCCCCCGAGAGUUGGCAGUGCCCCGGGGCCACUGCUGACAAGGACCUGAUAGGCAAAGGCCCAGGUGGAGGCUGAUCAGGGGCCUCUGCUCUCCUGCCCGGACCACAUCUGAGCCCCGCAGAGACCGCCUGCCACAGCCCAGGAGGUGACACCUUGCAGACCCGACUGCUGGGUGCUUAGCUCCCGGGCCAGCCGCAGAAGAAGGGAUGGGAGAGUUAUCCAGGCUCUGAGACCUGGGGCCUACGGGUCCCUAUUUAUGUUCUCAGCAAGCAUCGGGCACUGGAUGGCAGCGAGGAGUAGCACUGCUCAGCAAUGCCUGCCCUUUGUAAAUUAUUUAAGAAAUCUGUUUUGUCAUUUUAUUAGGAAGAAAUCAGGGCAUAACUCCCCUCCAUAGCGCUGCUUUUGCAUAACAAAGACUGACAGAUUGAGGGAGUCUCAGAGGGAAGGCUGGGGUGGGAGGGAUUAGCCAUGGAAUUUGCAUGCAUCUGUGCACAGCCCGUGGACACAGACAAUAGUGUGGUGAGGGCCUGGCAGAAGGGAUGAAUGGGGGAAAGGGGAGGAAAUCUGUAAUACUUUCAACAAUAAAGGUAAUUUUUUGAAAGAAUGAAGAGGAGAGUUCAGCAAUAUAACCAUGUACAAAAUAUACCAAAAAUAGAGGUUUUCUCGAUGUACUAGCAGUACAGUACAUCUAUGGAAAAUAAUGAAAUAAAGAUUUUCUUUCAUCAUUAAAAAAAAA